AUGCAGUACCUGACUAUUUGUGAACCAGUUGAGAAGGCAAAUUCAAGCCAUCCAUUCACAGCAGGACUAGCUCAUAGUGUUGGACCUAGGAACCAGCCAUUACGUGUAUAUAGCCUGGUAAAGUAUGCAGCCACAACCCGAGGAGAUACUGAGAUAUUCAUGGAAUUUGCGAGGGCUGGUUACAACGAGAAAAUAUGGGAUCAUGCAGCUGGUGUUCUUAUCAUUGAAGAAGCCGGUGGAGUGGUGACCGAUGCAGGAGGGCAUCCAUUGGACUUCUCAAAAGGCGAAUACUUAGAGGGACUUGAUCGAGGUAUAAUUGCUUGCGCUGGAGCCAAACCACACGAAAAGAUCAUUCAGGCUGUAGAUGCUAGCUGGAACUCCUCUAGCCUUUAA